AAACCAGUUAUUACCAAUAGCACAAAGACAGUCGAGCUGUAAACCUCAUUGCAGAAGCGACAGCUGUAUCGACACUCGGCCCAAAUUCGGAAAUCAAAUGGAAGUGACCUUCAAAAAGGCCCGAUUGGUAAAGCACACAAAUGCAGCAGACGGAGAGUACACAACCCCCCAUGGGAGGGAGACUGAGACUUGCACCGAUCCGUAUGGCUGGUGGGCCUUGCCAGAGCCCGCCCUGCUGAAGAUCUUCGAGCGUUUAAAUGUCUUCGAACUGCUCCAGGCGAGUCUGUGCUGCAGGAGGUGGCACGGCAUAGCCAACGAUGAUCUGUUGUGGCGUCAAAAGUUCCAGGAGAACUUCAGAGCCUCGCCGAGCAUACCGCUAAAGCCAGGUGCAGAGAGCUGGCGAUCGGAAUACCAGCGUCUGUCCACACAAAUACCGUUUGUUCAGGCCCAGCGUCUGGAGCCCUCGAUGGAGAAUAAUCACGGGCAUACGCAUCAGGUGCUACAUGUGAGCUUCGCACACAAUGGAGAGAUGUUUGCCACCUGCUCCAAGGAUGGCUAUGUGAUAGUAUGGAACUCGCAGCAUCCAUGCACGGAAAAGUAUGCGCACAAUAUGAAACAAUUCAGCUGGAAGUACUCUCAAUAUUCGCAGUUCAAUCAGAGUGACACACUGCUGCUGGUUUCGGGUGUGCAUUUUGGAUCCCCACAGUCCACAUCAGGAGAGAUUGCCGUGUUCUAUCUGGGAGCGACAGAGUCCCAUUUACGCUGCAGAGUGGUCAAUCGUCCCUAUGAUAUAUUUGGCACUUGGUUCAGUGAUCAGUAUUUGAUCUCAGGGGACCUGCAUUGGCUGGCUCAUUUGGUGAGUACAUCGGUUCUGUGGCUGAAUAAGGCCAAUCAGGAGAUCGACUCUGAGCACGUUCCGAUAAUGAGCCAAUUGUACAAGUUCUAUAACCGCAAUGCGAGCUCGGUGAGGGCCAUAAUGGUGGCCAGAUGUCCUUGGUUGGAUGAAAGUAACGAUCCCUUGGCUAAGGUAGAGGAAGAGACGCGCAGUCCGCCCUUUCCGUUUCCCAGUAACGAUGAGCCAUCUGGUUCCCAGGCCAGUGGGAAUCCUCUGUCCCAUGCCGCCAGCCUUAGACGCACACGAAGUGCAACCCCCGAUGAGAACUACUUGCCAGACAUAAGCGAACGUCGGUCCAGAGCCCGGCCUGGAGAUGCCACCAUUCAUUACCUGGAGGAAUACAGAAAAGCAGUGGCCCCUACAAACGACGCCAACGAAGAAGAGGACGAGGAAGAGUACGACUCCAUGGAUGUGCAUGAGGAGUACGAUGAAAUGGAGAACAGCAUGCCUAAGUAUCUCAUCUUCUCGACGGGCUCUAAAACAUUUACCCCGCACCAGAUCGGCUUCAAGCGCAUAAGGAACGUUUACUUUCCCAAAAAACUUGAUCCUGGGCCCUCGCUGAAGGAGAGAAUAGCUGCCAAGCGGGCCGCCGAGCAGCAGCAGCAGCAAACUCCGCGCACGGAUCCAGAUUGGUGGGACUACGAUUCCGUCAAGGAUCGAUUUGAUCAGGUGGACAAAGUCAUCGAUCUGCACGGACACAUCAUUGGCAUGGCGCUGAGUCCGGAUCAUCGCUAUUUAUAUGUUAAUACGCGCCCCUGGCCAAAGCACUAUGUGAUUACCAAUCCUCUGGAGCCACCGCCAAUAGCUCAGGAGAUUGAUAUACAUGUGAUUGACUUGAUGACCCUGAAGAGAGUGGGGAACAUGCUGCGCGCCCAUAAGGCCUACACGCCCAGCACCGAGUGCUUUUUCAUAUUUCUCGAUGUCUGCGAGGAGUAUGUGGCCAGUGGGGCUGAGGACCAGCAUGCCUACCUAUGGGAUCGCUACUAUGGCAUUAGUUUGGCCAAGUUCAAGCACUCGGACGUGGUAAACAGUGUGGCCUUCAAUCCAAAAGACUCUGAGAUGCUCGUGACCACCAGCGAUGACUAUACAAUUAAGGUUUGGCGCUCACGGGCCAAGGCAAAGGCCUAUAACAUCCCCAUUAAUGUGAACGAAUCUUUCGAGCUGAAGCCGAAGAAAUGAAGGUCGCUUAGUCGCAUCAACACUUACACAUCCAUGUGCCUGCCCUAUCUCUUUAUGACAGAUGUUCAUAUAGAAGUUAAUCUUACUGCCGGAAAAAAGAUUGUUUAUAGCUGUUAGUAUUUAGUUACAACUUGUUAACGUUUGAAAAUAUACAUAAUCAAAAUCA